AAAAGAUAUAAACAAAAGAAGCUUUCCCAAAAAUAAAAAAGAGAAAAAGAUUAACAGAAGGAGAAAAAAAUAAAUUGAAAAAAACAACUUAAAAGCAGCAGUGCAGAGCGAAACAAAGAAAAAGAAUCAAAGCCAAAUCUUCUUAGAUGCUAUCCUGAGCCUGACUGCUUUCUUUUUUCUUUCUAUCGUGCGCCACACAUGGGAGGAGAUGUAACCGGAGCAAUUACCUCUGCCGCCAUGGCUGCCGCGUCAUACGGUGGAGGUGCGGCGGAACCUCAGUACGUUUCGGCGAAGACGUCGGUAUGGUGGGACAUAGAGAACUGCCACGUCCCUAAAAACUGUGACCCUCACGCGAUCGCGCAGAACAUUAGUUCAGCGCUGGCUAAGAUGAACUACUGUGGGCCCGUUUCCAUCUCCGCCUACGGCGACACUAAUCGGAUCCCUUCUUCUGUGCAGCAGGCGCUUUCGAGCACUGGCAUCGCACUUAAUCAUGUUCCCGCGGGUGUGAAAGAUGCGAGUGAUAAAAAGAUUCUAGUUGAUAUGUUGUUUUGGGCGGUAGAUAAUCCUGCUCCUGCGAAUUAUCUGUUGAUUUCUGGUGAUAGAGAUUUUUCUAAUGCGCUUCAUCAGUUACGAAUGAGGAGAUAUAAUAUUCUUUUGGCGCAGCCUAUGAAGGCAUCCGCACCCCUCGUUGCUGCGGCCAAGAGUGUAUGGCUUUGGAUGAGUCUUUCGGCUGGUGGUCCGCCUCUGUCGAGUGGUGAGUCAACUAAACUCGCUAAUGGUCAGAAUAGUUUUAACUCUGAAAUGUCAUAUAAUCCAAUUCCUGAAAUGGUUCAGUAUAGUCAACCGAUGAUUUCUAGUUCUGAAAAUGUUACCUUGGGGCAAAAUGUAUCUAAUGCUGGAAGGAAUGGUGAUAACAAAUACAAAGGGAAAUAUAUAAGGAAAACCACAAAUCAGCCAAGCAUCUCAAGGGCCUCUAGUGCGCCAACAACUGCCAUUCAAGAAAAUAUGAACAAUGGUUAUUCUUACCAGCCAGAGUAUGCACAGACAAAGACAUUUAAGAAAGCACCACACGAGUUUUUUGGUAGCAAUGAGCCAGCUGUUUCUGCAAGCAAGUUUACUCCAAACCUUUUUCCUAGCAAUCCUGACCCUUCAGGGAGUAACAAUAGUAAUUUCAUGGGCGUUCCUCAGAAUCCUCCUCCUCCUUCAAUGAGGCCAAUUAAUCUUCCUCUGCGACCAGCUUUUGCACAAGAUAAAUUGCUACCCCCGAAUUCACAAAAUCAUGGUUUCCGCCCAAUACCUCCUAGAGUGGAGGGGCCUAGAUUUCCGGCCCUAUUCUCAAAUAUGCCUGAUGUUGGCAAGUUAAAUAUCUCUGAACACUCCACUUAUCCUCAAAAUUCUAAUAAUUUUCCUCAUCAAAUUGGAGAAAAGUUUAAAACAAGCUCUGUCGAGUCAAUGCCUAAUCAAACUGGCCUAAAUGCACCACAAAGAAGCCAUUUCCACACUGGUCAAGCAAGUCAGCAUGAUACUUACAGUAACAGGUAUCCACGAGGUCCUGAAUUUCCGCCCCCAUCAUCCUCAGCAAUUUCUAGUUCUAGCAAUGGCGUUUGGGGAGCUGAAGGACGUUCACCACCUUCUGAAUAUGUGCAAGGUCUUAUUGGUGUUAUCUUACUUGCAUUAAACACACUCAAAAAUGAAAAAAUUAUGCCUACUGAAGCCAACAUUACUGAUUGCAUUCGUUUUGGAGAUCCAAAACACCGCAAUACUAAUGUAAGGAAGGCUUUGGAUAGUGCCAUUGAGCAGCAUAUGGUAUUGAAGCAAAGUUUAGGAGCAGUGCAGUUGUAUGUUGGUAGAAAUGAGAAACUGUGGAAGUGUAUCAAUCCUAUUGGGGGGAAUCCUAAUCAAUACCCAAAGACAACGUGGGAUGGAAUACAAAAGUUCUUGUCAUCCCCUGCCGGACGGUCAGCAAUGACGGCUUCUCAGUGCAGAUAUGAAGCGGCUUUGGCUUUAAGAAAAGGAUGCUUGGAAGAAUUUGCACUAGGAGAUGUUCUCCAAAUCUUGAAUAUGAUAAUUGCCAUGAAGAAAUGGAUUAUACAUCAUCAGUCAGGAUGGCAGCCAAUUACAGUAACCCUUCCAGAGGCUAGAACAGAAAUAGGCACUGAAACUGCUGCUUGACCUUGUCAAGAGUGGUUUUGGUACUCAAAAGUGAUCCAAUGGUGGAGGAAGAUCAUAAGUGUGUUUAGGGAAUUGGGAGUAAGAAACAAGGGUCGCUUUGGGAAAAAAAAAGGAAAUACAAUCCUCAAGUAUCAAGAAAAGUAAGGGCAGACGUGAUUUUGGGAUAACUACAAAAGUAAGGAUGGGUUUCUUUUUGUUAUGUUAUGUUUUUCUUUUCCUUAUUUUUCCUUUUUAGUAUUGGCUGGGAGACUAAAAUUGCAGAGCUGCAGAAGGGGAAAAAGAUUUAAGAUAAGUCUGGAAUUAGACUAGUAAUUUUCAGGAUUAGGAGCAGGGUUAAGUAACAAGUUUGUUCUCUGCAAUCUUGAGCCUGAAGAUUUUUGGUAGCUGUGCUUAUUUGGGUUUGGUAAAUUACAAGCAAUCCCUAAUACGUUUGGUUGUUGCUGGUAUUACUUAAUUAGCUAUAUGCUAAAAGGCUUUCUUCUCUCCAGCACAAUAUGCUUAGAAUUUUACUGCUUGGUAUGGUGUCUUUUUGUUUCAGCAGUUGAUUCCAUCAUACUCUUAUGAAAAUCCUUUGAAGAUAUACCGAGGCUUCCAGAUCUUGUUGGAGAGAUUCUUGGUCAGUUGCAGCAUAACUGCGCAUAAUAUCGAUAGAUAUGAUAAAAAGCAAAAAGGUGAAGAUUGACAUUAUUGGUCAAGGAUUGGAAAUCUAGACUCAGCAUGGAAGUAUGAUCAUGGAGCCUUAUUCCUGGCAAUACAAUGUAAGUACUCUAAACAUUUACGGGCAAUGAACUGCAUGGCGUUAACUAUCGAUUAUUGAACCUUGUGUUGUUUACUAUGGAAAUGACUGUACCUCUUAAUGCCAUUUAAGUACAUACUUGAAAAUAUUUUAUAUUGAAGUUAAACUUGGCUUUAGUAA